UUUUUCCUUUUUAAUCUAACAAAUAAAGGCUUCGUUGCAAAGUAUUUACUGCACCAGCGACACUGAAAAGAGAAAUCAACUCCUGAGGAUUAUCUCAUGCAGACACCUUGAUGUUGUUCUUUUCUGCGGGUGAUCUAAGGAUGAUGGUUUAGAGUUGUGAUGUGCAGCACAAAGGAGGGGCCAGACCCACGCACGUUAGUGCCGCCACUUCUCCCUUAGGACCACGCGAGAGAGCUGUGGCCACUGCCCUUCUCUACCCGCCCUCCCUGGUUUCCAGACACGCUGGCUUGCCCAGAGCAGCAGGCCUGCGGAAUAGGUGGGCAUGUUGGGCCCACAGCUAGUCCUUUUGUCUGAGUCAGGGUCCGGCAUCAGUCUGUGUGGGUGGCAAAUGUGUGCUGCCGUGUUGCUGGUCUGCCUGUUGCCUGUGUAAACGGCCUGCACCUCACUUGUCUGGUUCCCGUGUGAAUUGCCCACGGCUGUGACUUAUGGGCUGCCAGUGUGUUACCAAUGUACGUAGUACAUGUGUAACGCAGUGUGUCACCUGUGUGCCAUACAUGUGCUGAUUCCCUGUGACAUACGUGCUACUGUGUGUGUUCCCAGUAAGUGUGUUAUCUGCGGGUGUUUCUCAUGUACUGCCGUCUGGGUGUUACCUCUGCAUAUGCCACCUGUGUGCGACAUUUAUGCUGCCGUAUGUCACCCGAUCACAGGCCCCCUGCAUGCUGAGCACGGGUCUCUGGUGUGUGUGUGCCUGUGCUCUCUCUCCCUGUUACCACUUGGCUGCUUUCGAAUUAGGGUUUUCCAGGUUUUCUACUCUCUGUGCGUAGCCUACACGUGUGCUCGUGUGGGGAGGGUGCCCGUGUGUGUGCUGUUACAGGGUGGGAUGCUCACGAGUGCAGCGUGCAUUCCCUGGGUGUGCUACUUGUGUCACCCUCUUGUGUCACUAGCACGUGUCACUUGUGUGCUGGUGCUUGUGUUGCCAUGGAGUCUCUGUAACCCACCCUCUGUGUCACCUGCUGGGGGGGGGGGGCUGCUUCUGUGCCUCUGCCCGAACACAGCCCGUGUGCGGCACCAUGUGUUAGAACAGUGGCACAGCCCCACUCGUGCCCACUCUGGGUGUGUGCAGACUACUCACACGCGUGUGUCACCCACGAAGGCUCAAGCAGCCCUGUGGCCGUCGGAGGAGGAGGAGGGUACGAUGGGUGGUAAGCCCCUCUUCAGGGGAGAGAGGCCCGGACCCCAUGGCCCUGCAGUCCCCUCGUGCUGGGGGACAGUCCACGUCAGCUGUGGCCCCUUCUCCUGGCCCGUGAGGCCCCGCAAGGUCCUGUUUCCUCAGCAACCUGUCUUGACUUUCCCACUCCCAGGCUGGGCACCUCCGGGACACUCUUCCUGUCUUAUGCUCCAGGGCCUCUGCCUGCUGAGGGAACACGGCCUGCUGAUCGCUUCAUUUUAUCGCAGUUAGAUCCAGACUUCUGACCUGCAGGCUGUCAGAAAACACAUUUGUGUUGUCCCACCAGGUCUGAAUCACACGCCAUUAUUUAUGGAGUAGUUGGGCAGCUUCUCUCAGCUCCCCAUGUUAUCACCAGCUGCACCGGCUCUGGCAUGGAUCCCAGAAUGUCGUCUGUGACCUGUGGCAGGUGACUCCUCCUGUUGAGCCUGCGUACGAGUCCGUGUCCACAACAACAGCGUGGCUGAGUGGUUCUGGGAACUCGCUCCCCUUGCGUGCUUCCUUGACGUUCAUUCAGUGACCUGAUCUUUGUCCACCGUGUGUUGUGGGCCAGGCCCUCCCCUGGGUGCUGGGCGUCAGCCUCAGAGGGAAGGUCAGGUCCUGCACAUCAACUCACACGUCAGAGAUCCGAAUGAGAGGAGGGAGCUUAUUUUGACUUCACCCCAAAUAUUUUUUUAAUUAGAUUUUCAGAAAAUGGAUGUUUUCUCACAAGUGUGGCAAACCUCACCUGUGUCCCAUAGUCACAGAACCCAAUUCUAUAUUCAGGACUUGAGCGUCCGCCAAUUUGUCUAUCUGCAGAGGGUCCUGGAACCCAUCUGCCGAGGGUAACCGGGGGACAACCGUAUUUGGAAACCAGACAGAGGUGGUGGCUGCACAACAUUGUGAAUGCACGAAACGCCACCGGAUUCGUUCACUUUAAAAUGAGUAGUUUUAUGUCAUGUGAAUUUUAUCUUAAAACGUGGAGAAAAAGAAGCGAUAUUGGCUAAGCCUAAGGGAAAAGGAGAAAGUUUAAGUUCGAGCAAUUUCAGUUUUUUGUCAGGUGUAAAUAAAAAUAAUCUACAGCGAGUUAACUGAAAACUCAGGGGAACCCCUCCAGAUGGGGGAGCAGGAGAAAGGAGAGAUAGGAAGAACACGAAACCCGCUCCGGCUGAGCGACAAUGACCACAGGCAGUGCGAAAAGGCAGGAUUAUCUCAAACCCAGAAAUCAAUUCUAAUCUUCAAAAUAAUAAAUAGCAGUUCUAGUUCCUAUUUUUUUCUCUCUCUAGUUUCUAUUAUUCUUCCAAAAUGUAGCUGUCAGCAUCAGCACUCAGGUGAUAAGAGAUACAGGUUUGGGAACGCAAAUGCACAUGUAAUACGAAGAACUGAUCCAGGGCCCAUUCAGGAGAGACCGGACAGUGUCUGAUGAGCGCUUCCGGUCUAGGG